UCCCAGGCGACGGGGCGGGGAGUCCCCGAGACGUCAGCGGGAGGCGGAGAGAGCGCCGCCGCCUCGGAUAAAGUGACAGAGGGGCGCGGAGGACCGGGAUAGAGGGUGAGAGGCGGGGACAGAGACUCAGGAAGAAGGGCACGUGGGCUGGAGAGAGAAUCCGAGGGAAGACAGAGACCCAGAGCGAGGGGCAGGAAUCGGGAGAGAGGAACACGGAGGGUGGGAGGGGACACCGACUAGAGAGAGCGAGCGACGAGCCCAGGAUAAGAAGGGGCCAGAAUCCUGUGAGAGGGGGAGAGUGACCCUGACAAAGCAAGGAACAAAGGUGGGUGACCCAGAGGACAGGGCAGGCGGGACAGCUGAGAAGUGGGCGACGUCCACCCAGACAGGCAGGGCCACACUCGGUCACGCGCCUGCUCCCUGAUGGGGACAGCUGGGCCUCCGAAACCUGAGCCCCUGCACGCUGCUCCAGCUGUAUUAAUAGCCCUGGCCUGGCUAGGUCCCUACCCCUGAUCUGAGUCCCAGGGGCAGGAGGUCAUGGUUAUGCGCACUGGGGGCAGGGAUCCUUCAGUCUUCCAGGGCCUCCAUGUUGGCCUCUGCCUGGAAAGUCCCCAUAGUGCACCUCAGCCCUGCCAUUGCAGGGGUCUCUCUCCUACAUCCCCCCUCCCCAGCACCCUGGCCUUCCCCUGUUCAACUCAGCUGUCCCUGCAGCUGCCAAACAUGAGCCUCUUGGUGGCCCAAAGUCAACUCCCUCCGGGCCGCGCUCAGCUCAGAGGAGAGAGACCCUCAUCCUCCCCGCCCAGCAGAGAGGGGAGGGAGGUGGAGCGGCCCAGAAUAACCUGGGGCUGAGAGUAAAUUUAGCCAAGCUGAGGGGAGGGGAAAGACCCUAUUGGCCAGAGGAUGGGGAGGGAGGGCCAGAGAGGGGGUCAGGGGCUCCGGGUCAGCCUCGGAGGGGUGUCAGGGCUAGUGGAGGGCGGACGGACCACGACCAAGAGACAAGGUGCAGGGAAGUCAGACAGCAAGACACAGACACAGUGGGGACAAGGACCUCAACAUUCAUCACAGAGCCACAGAGGCAGCUGGAGCCAGCCCUGGGAGAAGAUCUGGUGCCAAACGUCCCCAUGGGCCACCGUGAGUCAUGGCCACACACUUUUCUCCUCUGGGCCGCAGUGGGCAGCCUGCUCCUCCCUCCUGCAGUAACCCAGCAGCUAAGAGAGGCUGGGCUGGGCCGCAGCAACUGGAACAACAAUGCAGGUGUCCCCAAGCCCUUAGAGGACGUGUCAGCCGAGUUUGACCACCACAUUCAUGGCCAUGGGGGCCGUCAGGAUGAGCACGAGGACAUCUCGAUGGAAAAUGGACAUCGUUCCCAGAGCCUGUGGCAAGAACACAGACACAGUGGAGAUGAGGACGAAGACAUCUCAAGGGAACGUGGCCACCACCACCAAGGCCACAGGUACCGAGGCCACGAGGUGGGAAAUGACAACAGCUCUGAGGAGGUCUCCACAGAGCACAAUGGGCAGACCCGUGGGCACAGAGGCCAGGGCCUUGAAGACACUGAGGACUCCACUGAACAUGGGAACCACUUCCCCAGCCACAGGAACCGCAGUCGUGAAGAUGACAGUGAGGACGAUGUCGUUUCCAGUGAGCAUCACCAUCACGUCCCCAGCCACAUACACAGAGGCCACAGAGGGGAAGAUGAUGCUGAAGGAGAGGAGGAGGAGGAGGAGGAGGAGGAGGAGGACCUCUCCUCUGAGUAUGGACACCAGGCCCACAGGCACCAAGGCCACAAAGAAGAGGAAGAUGAGGCAACCUCAGAGGAACAUCACCAUCAUAUUCCUGACCGCCGGCAUGAAGGCCACAGAGUCAGGAAUGAGGACGGCGAGGACGUGUCCACUGAACACUGGCACCAGCCUCCCAGACGUGCCCACCAUAGCCUCAGAGAUGAGAAGGUGGGGGAGGAAGAAGAGGGGAUCGCAGUCGAGUUCAGCAGCCGUGUUGCAAGCCACCCGCCCCAAGGUCACCAGAGGGAUGAGGAGGAAGACUCCACAGAGAAGUACAAAACAGAAAUCCCUGGUCAUCACCGCCUCACAGUCUCCGGGCAGAAAGAUGAGGACAUCUCUGCCGAUCUUGGCCCCUGGGCCCCCAGCCACAGGCAAAAAGACCACCAGGAUGACUAUACUGUCCUUGGUCACAGAGGGUCCAUUCUAGAAGACAUCAGCCACCAGCCCCCAGAGGACAUGGGGGUCAGGGGUAAAAGCCGCUUGAGGGAGGGUGAAUCUGGAGGUGAGGAAGAGAAGAAGGAAGAUCACAGCUCCCAAGAGGAAGAUGCUGAAGGCUCAGAGCAGGAAGAGGAAGGGGCCCGCCAUGGCAGCCUGGACCAGGAAGAUGAGGAAGAUGAAGAUGAAGGCCGUGGCCUCAGCCUGAGUGAGGAGGAAGAGGAGGACGAGGAGGAGGGGAAGGAUGAGAAGGCUGAGACUCGGGCCCCACUGAGCCAAGGUCACAGCGAGGAGGAAGAGGAGGACGAGGAGGAGGGGGAGGAGGAUGUGGAGGAGGAGGAGGAGGAGGAGCAGGAGCAGGAGGAGGAGGAGAAGAAAAGAGACACAGGUCCAAAGGACGCCCCGGAGUACGGGAACUACCAGCCAGGGUCCCUGUGUGGCUACUGCACCUUCUGCAAUAGAUGCACUGAAUGUGAGAACUGUCACUGUGACGAGGAGAACAUGGGAGAACACUGCGAUCAGUGCCAGCACUGCCAGUUCUGCUACCUCUGCCCGCUAGUCUGCGAGACAGUCUGCACUCCAGGAAGCUACGUCGACUACUUCUCCUCGUCCCUAUAUCAAGCCCUGGCAGACAUGCUGGAGACUCCGGAACCCUGAUCUGGCCCUUGACUGCGGCAUGUGUCCCUCCCCCACCCCUCCGACCCUUUACCACAAGCCAUAUUUAUUUCUCUGAAUAAACGUGCUCCCCGAAACC